UAUAAGCGUGUGACAGUCUUGGAAUUCUAAUAGUCAUCGAAUUCUACAAUCAACAACGGAAAAAAAAAGAAAGAACGAUGCUCGCGACGAAGGGAGUGUCAACGAUUCUCUUGAGCGAUUCUGAAGCCGCUCCGAACUACCGCCAGGUGAGAUUUGGGGGUUGAGAGCAUCCGAUUCUCUAGAAUCGUAUAUAGUGCCUGUACAUGGGGUUGAGAGCAUAUCGGAGACUGAGAUUAGAAAAGUUCUAAGGCAUAUCGGAGAAAGCAAAGUUCUUUGGAUUUGUCUUAGGGAUGAACCCGUGAUAUACAUAAAUGGGCGCUCUGCGUGAUGCUCAGAAACCUUUCACCAAACUUGACUACAAGGGAUUCAACAGAACAGGGCAAGUCUAGAGCAAAUGGAAGCACAUUUGAAAGAAGAUAUCCUCAUGGAGUCGUCUAGGUGUGGGAAUAAGAUACUCGUCACUGAUGAACUGCCAGAUGGUCAGAUGCUGGACCAAUGGGAGCCAGUCUCACCUGAUUCUUUGAAUACGCUACUUGAGGUUUACCAUGAACUGCAAGCUGAAGGCUACCUUGUCCAUUAUGAACGCCUUCCCGUAACGGAUGAAAAGUCACCAAAUGAAACUGAUUUUGAUGCUUUGUUUAGCAAGAUAUGUCAGGCGGCUGACAAUAAUACAGAGAUCGUUUUCAAUUGUCAAAUGGGAAGUGGACUUACAACUACUGGAAUGGUUAUUGCAACGCUCGUCUAUUACAAACGAAUUGGAGCAUCAGAUCGGAGAUUCCCAAGAAACAACUCUUCUGGGAGAAUCUUUAACGACGGUGAAAAAUCAACUAUUAAUCUGCCCCCCUCUGUGUAUGACCUCCGCUGUGGGGAAUAUGCAGUUGUUAGAAGUUUGGUGCGAGUCUUACAGGGUGGUGUAGAAGGCAAAAGGCUAGUUGACCAAGUCAUCGACAAAUGUGGUUCCGUGCAGAACUUACGAGUGACAAUUGCAGUCUAUCACGAUCGCAUUUCGCGUCGACUCAUAGGGCAUCACCUCGAUGAAAAGAAGAUAGAUGCAUCACUCACAUCUUUUGUUGAGUACUUGGAAAGAUAUUACUUCCUUAUAUGUUUUACUGUAUAUCUGCAUUCAGAGGGUGAUUUCCUCCAAUCUGGUUCGCUUAGCCAUGUCAGUGUCAGUUUUACUGAUUGGAUGCGAGCUAGGCCAGAGCUUUAUAGCAUUCUUCUCAGGUACCCAUCUGCAGUGGCGGAGCCAGAAAAUUUAUUCACCAGGGUCAUAAUUUUCUUUAAAAAAAAAACAUAAAUUUAACUUAUUUUUUUUAGACUCCCGAUAGUGUUAAUG